AUGAAGAAUACCAAAAAACUUUUCAAUAAUAUUGUACCGGGAACAGGAACUGUUCCAGAAUCCCGCGACUGCGGCGCGCUUGGGAACGCGGUGCUGUGCAGCGGGAAGGGGACGCUGGGCAGGGCAGAGCCCAGGCAGGCGGAGCGGGGGCCGCGAUCGGUCCCCGUGAGGGAGGGCGGGCAGGAAGCGGCGGAGCGGGGACCGCGAUCCAUCCCUGUGCCCGCGGCUGCCGUGAGGGAGGGCGGGCAGGAAGCGGCGGCGGGCACCCCCAGUUCUUCCGGGGCGCGGGCGGCGCCGGCCCAGGGGCGGCGGAGCCGGGGCGGCGGCCGCCGCAGCGCGGAUAUGGAUAACAGGAAGGAUGAGAAAAGCAGGACGCUGUGUGCAACCUCAGAAGAAGGGCUGAAGGCCCGAGGAAAAGAAAAAAGGAAACGAAAGCGCAGCAGAAGCAGAUCCUCAUCUGUUUCAUCCACAUCGUCUUCUAGCAGUACAUCCACUUCUUCCUCCUCAUCACGCUCUUCAUCAAGGUCAUCUUCUUCCAGCAGUAGUAGAGAUUCUCCUAAGUCUAAGUCAAAGAAGAAGAAAAAAGAAAAACACAACAAAAAGAAAAGGAAAAAGGAGAACAAAAUGAAGAAAAAGAAGGAAAAGAAGAAAAGGAAAGAGAAAACAGGCCCUGUCCAGCUUUCCAAGUUCUUCAAAAACAAAAAGAAGAAUGAAAACUACAGCAUGAUAACCGGAAAGAAAAUUAAGAUGAAAAUAAAGAAGACUAAGGAAGAUAUAGAGAGAGACCGGAACCGUGCCCAGCUCCUGGAGUUCCUGAACUCUGCCUUGUAACAGGAGGAGCCCUCACCAAGGACUGCCAGAUGUGCCCACCCAGCCAUCAUCCUAGCAGGACACUAAAGAGAAACUCAGGGCAAAGGACAUCAAGUUGGACAAGACCAGGCCCUCCUACUGGGAAGAAAAUCGGGACGUCCUUUCUUAAUGGCAAAACACAGAGUAGCUGAUAACUUGUUCAUGGAGAUCCAUGUCCUCCUUUUGAGAUCCUAAGGUAAUAGCCAGGCUGUGGUGUUUUAGAAGAGCCUAAGUGUGUGUUGUUCACAGUGAUAAGAAGUGACACACUGAAAUCCAGCAAUGUAAUUUCUAUCUUAACUGCAUGCAGAAUGCACUCUUAAUUUCAAAUGUCUUAAUUUUUCUAGUAGCUUAAGCAGAGUAUUUGUAAAUGUUUAUUUGAAAGAUGAGGUGUUUCUUUCAUGUAUAUUUUUUUUCUGGUAGUGGUUAUGCAUAUCAUAAAGAGCAAACUGACCUUUGUAAAUAGAACAUCCUUUUACAUAAAUGAUUUUUUUUGAAAGUUCA